CUAAAGUUUCAAGAUCACUCCUUCGGCUCUCAGUUUCCUUGAAUUAGUCCAGCUUCAGGGCCCUUUUGAGAGCCAUAGGCGUCAAAUCGCAUCGCAAACUUAUUGGUGACUUAGGGAUGGCAGAGAGGAGAACUAGCAACGGAGGAGAAGUUGUUAUCAAUGUUUCAGAUAAAGAAGAAUCAAAAGAUCCAGCAUCAUCUCCUUCUUCCAAGGUAGCGGAUUCACCAAAUUCAGAUACUGGGACUGCGAAACUAGAGCCUUUAACCAUUCCACCUCCUGAAAUCUACAAGUUCUCUGGUAGCGUGCACAAGCCGCCUAAAAUUCCAAGUCCUAUCACUGAAGGUCUAACUCGGAGACAAUCUAUCUCCAGGUCAGUUUACUCCAAGUCCAACUCAAGGUUCUCGCAGCAACAGUCUUAUCGAUUCGAUAAGACUAUAACAGAGGAAAAUAGUGGAACCCCUAGGGAACAGUUUAGUGCUGCUUCUUUUGCAAGGAACUCUUUCAACAGAGCUUCCCCUUGUAACAAUUCGAAAAGGAGCGUUGGCUCAGGAGCAGCCUUGAGUAAAGUUGCUGAGGACGAGACUGAUGAAAAUGAAGAAAUCUACAAAAAGGUUAAGCUACACAGGGUGAAGCGUAGUUGUAUGAGACCUCUGGCUCUGCUUGAGCUGAUAGUGUUUGUGGCCCUCUUGUGCACUUUUGUUGUGAGUUUAAACGUUGACAAGGUGAAAAACCAUCGCAUUUGGGGUUUGGAAGUCUGGAAAUGGUGCGUGCUUGUGAUGGUUACGCUCAGCGGCAUGUUCGUGACCAACUGGUUCAUGCAUUUAGCUGUGUUCAUCAUAGAAAGGAACUAUCUCCUACGGAAAAAAGUGUUGUACUUUGUCCAUGGCUUGAAGAAGAACGUUCAGGUCUUCAUUUGGUUCAGCCUUGUUCUGAUUGCUUGGGUAUUUCUGUUCGAAGAUGACCAUAUACGCUCUCGUAAGACCAAGAGAUUCCUCGACUUUAUAACUUGGACUAUCGUCUCCCUUCUCAUCGGAUCAACCAUUUUUCUGGUGAAGACAUUUGCCUUGAAAGUCCUUGCUUCGAAGUUCAACGUCAGAAACUUCUUUGAGAGAAUUCAAGAGUCUGUCUUCCACCAAUACGUUCUCCAGACUCUCUCUGGACCUCCGCUUAUAGAAGAGGCUGAGAGAGUUGGGCGCGAGCCAAGCACGGGCCAUCUUAGUUUCACCAGCUCCAAGAAUGGGACAGUGAGAGGGAAGAAAGUGCUUGAUAUGGGAAAGGUUCACAAGAUGAAACAAGAGAAGGUCUCUGCUUGGACAAUGCGGGUUUUGAUUGAAGCUGUGGGAGGUUCAGGUCUCUCAACUAUAUCUAACACUUUAGAUGAGUGUAGCCAUGGGAAAGAGAGAGCUGAUAAAGAGAUAACUAAUGAUAUGGAGGCUGUGGCUGCUGCUUAUGAUAUCUUCAACAAUGUUGCUCAGCCAAAUUCUUGUUACAUAGAGGAAGAUGACUUGCUGAGGUUCAUGAUCAAAGAAGAGGUAGACCUUGUACUCCCAUUAAUAGAAGGUGGCGAGACUGGAAAAAUAACACGCGGCGCUUUCACAGAAUGGGUGAUAAAAGUUUAUACAAGUCGGAAAGCAUUAGGACACUCAUUGAACGACACAAAAACAGCGGUUAAGCAAGUGGACAAGCUUUUAACUGGAGUCUUUACCGUUAUCACCUUCGUAAUUUGGUUGGUACUUCUGGAUAUAGCAACGACCAAGUUAUUGGUGGUCUUCUCCUCACAAUUCGUGGGUCUUGCUUUCAUGAUCGGAAGCACUUGCAAGAAUAUCUUCGAAUCCUUUGUGUUUGUCUUCGUGAUGCACCCUUAUGACGUCGGUGAUCGUUGCGUUAUCGACGGUGUACUGUUGCUGGUUGAAGAGAUACAUCUUUUAACUACCGUGUUCCUCAAGAUUGACAACGAGAAAGUGUUUUAUCCAAAUGCGGUUUUAGUAUCGAAACCAAUAAGCAAUUACUAUAGAAGUCCAGAUAUGGGAGAUUUUGUAGAAUUCUCCAUCGCAUUCUCAACACCGGCCGCGAAAAUCGCCACCCUCAAGGAGAAAAUAGCAGAAUACUUGGUGCAGAACCCACAAAAUUGGUAUCCAGAACCUAUGUUGAUGGUGAAGGCGAUUGAGAAUGUGAACAAGCUGAAUAUGAAUCUGCUCGUCCAACACACCAUGAACUUCCAAAACUUCGGAGAGAAGAAUCUCAGGAGAACCGAGCUGGUCAUCGCUAUCAAGCGAAUCCUCGAGGAGCUUGAGAUUGAUUAUACCCUCCUUCCUCAAGCAGUUCAUCUCACCGGUCACAAAUGAUCAUUUUCCUUGUGUCCUUUUUGCAUUUAGUCCCACUAGUUACUAGUACUUGUUAUAA